UCUCCUCUCCGCUCAGUCGGACAGACCGUCGCUGGCUCGCUCGCUCGGUUGGUCCGCAGCCAUCAGCUGGACGCUGGAUUUCACCGCCUCAAAGAUCGUUUAUUCGUGCUCAGCACAGGAGGGAACUGAAGAGGAAAAAAACGAAAAACAAUCAGCACUGUUUACACAUCACCCGCAGCCAAUGUGGGAGAGAUUUCCAACUUACCUUCUCCAGGUCCUGAGGAAACGGUGAUGUUUAAUAGCCGCCCUCUCAUGUUGGAGUCCUUGCAAUCAUAGAUCCAUCAUCAACGGAAAAGCUAUCAUCAUGGAAACCCCCUACCUCCAGACUGCGGUCCUUGACCCCCCCUGUAGAGGGUGUAAUUGCUGAGGAAGGGGUAGUGAUACUGAGACAAGCUUGCUUGUGAAGACAAAAAAAUCACCCAAACCAUGUAGUGUACCUCUCUGCAAGGAGGGGGGAGGGUCUAUAUUUCUGUCUGAUUUAUGUUUUCUUUAUUUCAGUUGAUGUAGUCUCGGGAACAGAUUUGUGUCCGCUUGUUUAAAGAGUGUAAGUUGGUGUGGACAUAGCGUGCUAGGUGAGGAGAAAGUGACAGAGAGGAAGAAAGAGAGAGAAAGAAGGAAAGAGAUGGUCCUCCACACCACCCCUUACUCCAGUGCCUGCCUGCACUUCCUGGAUGGCUUGUCGUGGAGCCUGGUGUUCCCCUGCUACUGGCUACUGGACCAGCUCCUGGCCUCCUGCGUGGCCACCUCACUGGAGAAGCGCCAACGCUCCCAGGACCCCUGCUCCUUCCUCACUCUGUGUGUCCUGAUCUCCGCGCCCCUUUACCUGCUCCUCCUCCUCGCCUCCCUACCCUUCGCCCUGCUGGGCUUCAUCAUCUGGGCUCCCCUGCAGGCUGUCCGCCAGCCCUACCUGUAUACCUACCGCAGACCAGACAAAUACCAGGCCGAGCAGGGCCAGGCCGGGCCAGGGGGUGCAUGCAUUGCGGAAUGGAGGCCACAGGGCAGAAGCUUCUGUUUCUGCAGUGCCAACGUAUGCCUGCUGCCCGACUCCCUGGCCAGGUUCAACAACCUGUCAGACACACACAGGAGAGCCCGGGAGGUAGGGAAACGGAUCCGCAACGGUGCCAGUCGGCCUCAGAUUAAAAUCUACAUCGACUCACCGACCAACACUUCCAUCAGUGCGGCAUCCUUCAGCAGCCUUGCCACAGGUUUCCGCCGUACCUCUUCUCUGGACCAGCGUCCAGACCAAACACACACCACAAAUGGCCCAGCCGACACCGAGAACGAACCACUCACCGAGUGCCCAAUUCACAUCACAGGUGCCACCGACUGCCCUGUUCACCCUUUUGCUGUAGACCAGGCUUCCUCUGAAUGCCCCCUUCACCCAGAUGGAGGAGACACAACAGCAGACUGUCCCGUCCACUCUUCAGUGACGAACGGCAGCUCAGACUGUCCCGUUCAUACUUCAGGGGAGGCUCCAGACUGCCCCAUGCAUUCCACAGGGGCUCAGAGUGGCCAAGGCCCUCAUGACUGUCCCAUGCAUGGAGAAGGCACCCAGACAAAACCAUGCUCAGACUGCCCAGUUCACACCUCAGGGGUUCAAAUCAGUAUCAGCGCCCCAGAGCCGGACCCACAGGAAGAGGAGGCUGAAACAGGGAACCAUAGGCCUGGGGAGCAGGCAAUGGGAGACACAGGCAGCAUGACUGCCUCCAGGGAAUCUCUUACUCGUUACCAUGGUGGUGACGGUGGCAUAGGGAUAUCUUCCAACAAUACUCUCUCUCACGUCCCUCGCACGUCAGUAUUUAAGCGCCCUGGAAGAAAACGCCGCCAUGGAGAUGAGACAUUCGAUCACGAGAUCUCUGCCUUUUUUCCUGCCAACUUAGAUUUCCUAGCUCUACAGGAAGUGUUUGACCACGGAUCGACGACUAGACUGCGGCGGCAGUUGCAUCACUACUUCCCCUAUGUGCUAAGUGAUGUUGGCCGGUACGGCUGGAAAGGCUGCUGCUCAAGGUUCAAAUUUCUGAACAGUGGGUUGAUGUUGGCCAGCCGCUACCCAAUCCUUGAUGCACGGUUUGAGUGCUACCCCAACGGGAGAGGGGAGGACGCACUGGCAGCCAAGGGAGCGCUGUUCGCAAAGGUUCACGUGGGCACCUCCCAUCAGGAGCAAAGGGUUGUGGGAUAUCUCACGUGUACGCACCUCCACGCCAUAGAAGGUGAUGCAUCUGUACGCUGUGAGCAGCUGGACCUGUUGCUCCAGUGGGGGGCUGAGUUUCGUCAAGCCUCAUCCCAACCACCUGAAGGAGAGAAGGUGCUGGAAGACCUGGUGGCCUUUGAUGUCGUCCUGGGAGACCUCAACUUUGAUAACUGCUCUUCAGAGGACAAGUUGGAGCAGCAGCAUGCACUUUUUACUCAAUACAAGGAUCCAUGUCGCCUGGGGCCAGGAGAGGACAAACCAUGGGCUCUGGGUACUUUACUGGAUCCCAGUGGCCUUUAUGAUGAGGAUGUCAGUUCACCUGAAAGUUUACAAAAAGUGAUGGAGAAUGAGGAGGGGAGGAAGGAGUACCUCGUGUUUCCUCCCAGUAAGAGCCAGUGUCCGGCCAGCAGUCAGAAAGGGAGGAAGAUCCCACUGAAGGGCAACGGACGCCGGAUUGACUACAUGCUCUACAGCGACGAGGGCCUGCAGCAGGACUGGAAACUGGAAAUCGAGGAGUUCAGCUUCGUCACCCAGUUGGCUAGCCUCACCGACCACCUGUCUGUGGCCAUGCGAUUGGCUGUUUCCACUGGGGAAGAGGAACCUUAGAUUGACCAGCAGAGAUCUUUUUAAAUACUGCCAUGGAGGAGUGACAGAGGACCAGGAAGAGAAGAGGAGAUGAUGAGUUUACAGAUAUGCAGCUGCUUGAGAGAGACAGAAUGCAGUUCUGAGAGAGGAUUGAAGGGAGAGUGAAAUGGACAGAUGAAUCGGUGGAGGAGCGCUCAGUGUAUGAAUGGAUAUAAAAAGGUGGAGAAGAUGGGCAGCAGAGUGAUAUGAAAGAGAAAGACUCUGUAGGGGAGAUAUAAGCAGGGGAAUGCCAUUUAGAAAGCCAGAAAGAUAUUCAUCUUCCUGGGUAAACCACCCACACACACACUAAAUACAGUACCUAACAUACAAACACAAUUUGACAUUUUGACUGUUGAGUAUCGCUUGGCCUCUCCACUCUUCUCCUCCAACGCUCCCUGUUGAACUGAAUCCGUAGGGUUUUAUUUACAGUGAAUUAUUUUAUGUAGCCAAUUUACACACACUCCUUUUAUUGGAUCUGUUUUAGCCGUAGUUAUGAUUAUGACGUUUUCUUUGUUUGUUUUUUUAUGAUUUUACCUUCAGGGACAGUUAGAUCUUUUUUGGUGACUGUGUAUAAAAUGAAAACACAUAAUGUAAGUGAUAAGAGUGAAGCGUACAGCUAUGACUGGCCUUUACACUGACCGUUUGUGUCCUUGUGUCGUGCUCCUUCCUGAAUGGCUAUCGGUCAUUCACCUUGCUACUCCCAUGUCAGUCCCAGGAACCUCAACAAGUGUCUUUUUUUCUAAAAGAAAAACAAAUAAACAAAACUACUCUUUCUAAAAGGAGAAAAAUAAUAUGAUAACAUUUCUAUUGUCGCCACACCACUUUUUAUAGGGAGUUUAAAUGCCUGUUUAAUACUAUAUGGUAUGUUUCUAAAAAAGAGGAAUUGUAUAAAGAGACAUGAAAUUGGAGAAAACGUUAUUUGUUAGAUGCAUUGCAAUGCUUAUAGCAUGUUUUUGAGCCAUGAUUAGACCAGACUUUUUUGGUGUUAUAAUGGAAACUGAGGCUUUGCGGAUGCAUGAUGGGAAACGGUAUCAGUUUACAACAUUAAUAUAGCAACUUGAUACACUUGCUUGCUUGAGUCUGGCUGCUUGAAGAGUUAAGAAGCAUUUUGCCCUGAAACACACACUUACUGUAUGCCAGUAUGACAUUUGUGCAUGUGAGACUCCACCCUGCUGAUGACACUGAACACACAUACAAACAUACGGAGACACACAUCAUAUACAGGGGGUUUCAGGUGAUGUAAAGUACCCUCUGGCGUCUAUAUUGGAGCUCCUCAAAUGACAACCUGUGACUUGGCUAUCUUUGAGAGAGUCGAUAUUGUCAGAUCUGGCUAGCAAGCAUUCGCUGUCUUGUAAGCAUGUCUGAUUUGUUCACUAGCUAACGUCCAGUAUACAGUUAACCCAUGGAACAGCCUGUUGACAGCCAUAUUGUGACGCAACUGUAAAACCUCAUAAUACAGAGAGAUUUUGAAGACCUAGAGGCUGCACGCACCCUGUACAAUAUGCCAAUUACACAUAAAGACGUUUUAUAAUGUUCUAAAAGGUCCCAAAGAUUAAGACAGCCCACCCACAAAUAUACAGAAUUCAAGAAGUGCAAAGGCUAAUGAAUACAGACACACAGCAUAGCAAGUAUAUAAAUACAUGAAGUAGUGUAAUACUACAAUGCAACACAACUUGAGGUGUGUCCAGACUGAAUGCGGUGCAAUUGCAUAUAAAGUAAUUACAUAGACAAAGGGGAAUGUGUUAUAGAUGAUUCUACUUCAACUGAAAACUCUGCAUUUAUGCCAAGGCUUUAUGACUCCAAUUCAUAAACAAACAUAAGAACCUGUAGAUGAUACGAAGAAAAUGUGCUUCUCAUUCAGUCUAAACACACCUUAAGAGUUCUGCUCCCCUCAUCUGUUUAUAAAUUACGUUGUUGACACAUUGCUUCUGCUGCUGGUUGGACAACAAUAUACUUUACACCAAUACAAAGAAAGCAAGCCAUGGAUUAUUUUAACUCAUAAUAUUGCUAUUAUAGCAUCAUUUUCUCAUUAGAAUUCAACUCCCAAUCUGUAACAGACCAUGGUGUCAAACAGCAGCUGGAGGUUUGUAAAGGCAUGUAGAUCUAAAACUGUCCUUGUGUCCCCUGUAGACCUGUCUGCUAUGGUGCUCCCUGUGAACAUAUGCUGUGUUGAGUGAUAGGCCACUACCAUUACCUCAAACCUUUAAAAAGGACAUGGAAGCAGGUCUUAACCUGAAUCAGCUUUGAUCGUAUGUUAGUAAUGUCCUUGAACAGCAAGACGUAACGUAAGUUUGCUAACAUUAACCACUAUAAGCUACGGGUCAUACCACACCAAGUAAGACUGAUGCAGCAAAAACCUCUGAGUGACUUGGAGUGAGUAAGGGUGUGUUUUUAAUUUGUACCAGGAAGAUUGUUUUAUUUCUUCUUUCAAAGAAGAUGAUUAGAUGAUUUAAAAGAUGAGUUGGUUUUAGUAAUGGUGGCCUGCCCAUCACUCAACACUAUGUACGCUAACGUGUUAGCAGGAAACUCCAGAACAAUGAUAAAGCGUACUGGGAACAUAUGGAUCAUGUUGGUGUCCAUGUUGUCAUCAGUCAACAUGAGACGACUACCAAAUCAUGCUGUAUAUUUCUUUUAGAGAUGUGUGUGGGAAAUCACUAAUGUAGAAGCCUGUUUCUGUGAAUAAAACAUGCAUAAGAGUUUAGCUUUUCAGAUACUGUUUGAUUUCCAUGGUCUGUGCGGUGAACAAUGUUUACAACCCUUCUUCGGCACCAGAGAGGAGCUUUUCAAGUUUCAACACAGAUGUGUGUGUAUGUUUGGCCAGCUCAUCGUGUUAUAUUUUUUCAAUACAAAUGUGCUAAUUGGUGUUUCUCGGAUCACACUGUGCUGAAAGUGAACACAGGAUGGAGAGUACAGUAUGCGUUUACAGACUCGGUUUCAGGAGAAACUGUGUGUGUGUGUGUGUGUGUGUGUGUGUGUGUGUGUGUGUGUGUGUGUGUGUGUGUGUGUGUGUGUGUGUGUGUGUGUGUGUGACUCUCUAUGUCUCUUUUUGACUCAUUAUGAUUAUUAUGACUAAUAUACGUAUCUGGAAUUAAAUCACCGUAAUUGACUUUGUUACUCUAUAGGCCACAAUGGUAACCGAUUUACAUUUAUUUUAUAACCUUUCCUUUUCAAUUUUAUUACACAACCCGAAUACUGCCGAACAAUUCAUCAUUAAGCGGGGGGGAGAGAUCCAAAGCAUUCAAACAGUGGGGCUCAUGUAGUGCUACAGCUUCAUGAUGAUACUACACCUCGUGUUUUAAUAGAUGGAAGGCGGUCAUUCAUUUCAUAGUUUCUAUUUGUAUGUGUUUGUAUUUUUGCAUAUUUUCCAACUGAAGAAAGUAGUGGCCAAAAAAGUUGAUUGGUUGAUUAAAGGUGAGGGUGUAAAGGCA